AUGAUUAUGGACACGCAGACUUACUCUACUACAUUUACUACUAAAAUAACCAUCGCAAACAUCAGUCCCGAAGGAGAUACAGCCACCUUAUGGGAAGCUUAUCAGAUCACCGCUCACAUGGACCAGAAGCUCACAAGAGCCGGUCUCUGGACUCUUCGACAAGAUGAGUCCACCACACCCCACGAGCACCAUAACCAAGGAGACCCCAAUGCCCGUACUACAACUGGUGAAUGGGCACUUCAUUCACACCCAUUAAGAAACGGUGUGCUGCGUGGUGCGUCGUCGACAAUAAGAGGGAGGAAGGGUAUGGUGAGGAAGUCCAUGAGGUAUGGGGUUCUCGAGGCUUAUUUGGACGACCCGAUAAUGGGGAGGACGGACCUAACGGGGCUCCACUUAAGGUGUACGACCAUAAUGGUGAGAUAUGCGCCCCUGACAACGGUCAUAGAGCGAGGCGAUGGGAGCGUAUUGUUGGCAGGGUUCUAUGGGAAAAUCUUGGAUACUCUGCAAGAGUGGACUAAUUUCACAUACACUUGCCACCACGUGCAAGACGGCCAAUGGGGCUCCAAGGUGGACGGAGAGUGGAAUGGGAUGAUGAAGGAACUGCUUGAAGGGACAGCUGACAUCGCCGUGUCUCCGCUGUCCAUCACAGAAGUCAGGAGUACAGCUGCGGACUUCCUUUAUGGCUUGACGACCUCUAGCUUCAAAAUCAUAGUGAGACGACCGUUGAACGAAGAUUACAUGUGGACAGCGUAUUCGAAACAAUUUGAAAUCGGUGUCUGGGGAAUGAUCGUUUUCGUCGUCAUGAUCCUCGCUUUGUCAUUAUUCGCUGUGUCUUACUUCUCUGAGCGAGUGCAGAUUUCCCUUGCAGACUGUGUGUUUGCAAUCAUUGGCAUCUUCUUGGGAAAAGGUGUAGAACAAAAGAUCGAAACAGGAGCUGGAAGAACAUUAAUACUAACGGCACUCUUAGCACAUGUUAUACUUCUGACGUUCUACACAAGCAACUUAGUAUCUGCUCUUACCGUGGGACCUCCUCUGCCGCCCUUGAAGAACCUGCAGGAUGUCUAUAAUGACCGGUCGUUGAGGUUUGGCUUCCUAAAGGGAUCAUCACUCACGAACAUGUUUGACCUCCCCAAUCCCCUUUUCCAAGCCAUCCUGAGAGAGAUGAAAGAGGAGGACUUCGUCGACACUCCUGACGAAGGCAUGGAAAGGGUGCUAGGUGAACGAUACGCCUUCAUGGAGUGGGAACUCUUCUACGACCUCAACUAUGGGAGUGAAUGUGGAGUAUUUGCGUUGCCUGCGUCGUACUUCCCGAGUUACGCUUCACUGGCGCUGACGAAGGGGUCUCCGUUGGUGCCGGUGCUGAAUAAAAUUCUUCAUCAUGGACAUAUUAAUGGCUGGGCUGCCGACGAAAUGGUGGCUGGAGUUGAAACAUGUCACGGAAGACUGCAACCUCCCCAGACGUCAGCCAUCGAGCUCAAGACGAUGCUGACCCCUUUCUUAGUCCUGGGGAUCGGUAUCCUGGUGUCCUUUGGGUUCCUGUGUACCGAGGUCUUGCUCAGAAGGGACUCGUCCGGUGGGACUCUCCGUGCUGGGGAAUAG